AUGGUGAACCCACGACAAGCUGAUGAUGAUGAGGUGGAUAAUGCCGCAGCAGAAUAUAAAGCAAUGGGAACACCUUCGAAUGCAACAUCUCAGACUAAUCCAGACAACCGUGUGUCCCGGAAUAUGGCUGCAAAUACCGGGCUGAGCCCUAGCACCAGACAUUCAGACCUAACCCUUCAAAUACCUCCAAGGCCUGCAGGUCUUUUAAGCAGCCGCAGUGGGAAAGGUUUCCUCCAAUCUCCAGGAGUCUCGAAUGGAAGUUUGUCUGCAGUCGGGUUCUUACGGGCUUUAAGCUUUAAAAGGGGGGGCAAUGUGUCGGUGACCGAAAGGAGCUCUCUUCUAAAUCGAGACCCAAGGACAGCUGCUGAAAGCCCGGCCGUCUCGAAUAGUAUAAAUUGGAAAAGGUGUACUUCACUUCCGGUGACGCCCGCCUCAAUUUUUUCCCCUUCAACUACAGCCCCAUCCUCGAUAAGGACUCACAGCGAAAGGCAAAGACCAAAUACAAGUGCACCUCAACAUACUGUUUCAAGGUCGCUAUCUGUACCCGGGAGGAAUAUUUUUAUCGUAAGAUCUUCAUCUUUUGUGUCCCGAGAAAAUCAUGCUCCAGAUACUGAUGGCGAUCAAAUAAGCCCCGAAGCUGUCCAUGAAGAUGAAGAGAUUCCUGAAGAGGAGGCUGUGUGCAGAAUCUGUCUCGACACGUGCGAAGAAAGAAACAUACUGAAGAUGGAGUGCCUUUGUAAAGGGGCACUAAGGCUUGUUCAUGAAGACUGUGCAAUCAAGUGGUUUAGCAUGAGAGGCAACAGGCUUUGUGAGGUCUGUGGUAAAGAAGUUUCCAAUUUGCCCGUUACUUUACUUCGGGUGACAAACACUAAUCAAAGGGAUAGCAGAGAUCAGAACCAGAUCAAUUCAAUAAGCGCCUGGCAAGAUUUUGUGGUGCUCGUCUUGAUUAGCACAAUAUGCUAUUUCUUCUUCCUCGAGCAGCUACUGAUACAGGAAAUGAGAAAUCAAGCUCUUAUAAUUGCUGCACCAUUCUCCUUUACAUUGGGUCUUACAGCUUCGAUUUUUGCAAUCAUCCUCGCAAUAAAAGAGUAUAUAUGGACUUACGCGGCUCUUGAGUUUGCUCUCGUGGCCUUAAUCCUGCAUAUUUUCUAUACACUGCUCCAAUUACCACCCAUUCAUGCAAUCCUGAUAUCAUCAUUCGUGGGACUCGGAUUGGCCGUGCUUCUUAAUGCCAUAUACAUCCGAUUCUUUUCGUGGCGUGCACAAGUCUCUCAACCCACUAACCCUAACCCAGUGUGA